AUGCUGGUCUCCUUGACUGUCGGCAAGGUAGACGCCGGUGUCGCCGUGCUCCUGACCCAGGACAACCGCCUCAUCGAAUUCCCCUCUGUCCUUCUCCCUAACAACAUUUCCUCCGGCAGUAUCGUCGACAUCAACGUUGCGCGCAACCACGCUGCUGAAGCCGCCAACGCCUCUGCCUUCCAAUCCCUUCAGAAGCGCAUCUUGAAUACCUACGGUGUCAAGACCCCAUCACCGCCUGUUCUUCGCCUGCGAAACGCUACCCAGACUUCCCUCGUUCUCGAGUGGGAUCCAAUCGACCUGGCAACUGCAUCCCUGAAAUCACUCUCCCUCUACCGCAAUGGCUCCAAGGCUGGCUCGAUACCCCGUCCUUUGGAGACACGCAGCACUAAGAUCUCCGGCCUAGCAAUUCAUUCUGAAUACACUUUCCACCUGGUCUUGCGCACAACGGCUGGUACCUACCAGUCCGAGAAGCUGACGUGUCGAACACACAAGAUGACCGACCUGUCUGGUAUUACUGUCACUCCUGGAGUUCUCGAUCCCCAGCGUAAGGAGGCCUUGGGUGUUGCUUUGGAACGCAUCGGCGGCAAGUUGAUCGACACGGUUCGGAUUGAUACUACACACUUUGUUUGCACCGAGGUCGUCGUUCCGGAGUGGGUGGACGCUUGCGAGUCUGAGGGUACGAUUGUCGGUGUGCGCGGUUACUAUCUCGGUGCAGAUCCCAAGGCCCGCCAUCUCAGCACAAUUCAUGGCUCUUCCCACCAAAGAACAACAUCCACAAUGUCCACGGCUACACUCGCCAACCAGAGCCGGCCCAGUGAACAACCUCAGUCCCCUCCUCAGCAGAACCAGAUUCCUGAAGAGCCGCCUCUGACGCCUUUCCUGGGGACAGAAGAGGUUGGUUCGGAAAAGGAAGACGAGCUGCCCCCUCCACCACCGCCCAAGGACGAAACCAAUAAAGAAGAGGAACCUGCUCAGACGAAUGGUCAUAAGGAGCCUGCGCCUGAGCCAGAAGAGAACACCGAGAAACCGGAAAACAAUCCAGAGAGCCAGAAAGAGGAAUCAAAAGAGACCACUCUCCCUCAAAACAUGCCUGAAGGAGGCUCCGCGCCCUCCGAUGACCAGAGCCUCAAGAGUAAAGGCAAAGAGGGAGAAAGCGAUUUUAAUGAAGUCCCUCUCUAG